CAACAAAAGACUGCCCACAUUCAUUUCAAUUUAUUUGUUCAAUCACCUCCCAACGGUCACCCUUUCUCUCUCCUAAACUGCCGAUUAUACAAAUCUUUCUCCUUUCUCUCUCUCAAACAAAUUUUGUUAAUUUCACGUUUUCAGCAGCUGAUUCAUACGGUAGGAGAUGAAAGGAAUGAAGGGAAAAUUGAUGAAGAAACUCAAAACAGUGAAGCAAAUUGGGUAUUUGAACCCAGAUCGAAUACUCCAGGUGAGUGGCUUUGAUGGGUUUGUUGAUAAUUUCCAUUUAAAAUCAACUUUUGUAGACAACUUUCCAUUCAAAUCUCAUAACAAAUCACACUGUUCUCCUCAAUUGGACUCAAAAUCACGAGCAGAAGUCGAAAAACCCGAGGUUAUGGAUGUCGAAACCCUCAUGAAAGAUAAUGAAGAAGAAUCUAAAACUGACAAGAUGAGCACUGGGAAUGAUUUUGAUGAGAAAGAAAAUAUCUUUCGUUCAGUAUCAAAAGUGUCGGUGUGUGAAAUGAAGAAAUUGAGUUGUUGUUACGAAGAAUUGGAAAAACAGAGUGUUUCAAAACUGGGGAUUUCAAGCAAAGAAUUGAAGAAAGAGGGUAAUUCUGAAAUAGAGAAAUCAAGUUGUGGUUGUAAAAAAUUGAAGAAAGAGGGUGAUUCUGAAAUAGAGAAAUCAAGUUGUGGUUGUAAAGAAUUGAAGAAAGAGAGUGAUUCCGAUUCUGAAUUGGAGGUGUCAUAUUUCAGGCGACCGGAUAUGGAUUCAGGGAGUUUAUUUGAUCCUAAACUUCUGACUGCAUUCGAAGAAGCUGUAGAAGAAUACAUAAGAAGCAAGAAAUCAGCUGAAUUGGAGUCGAAUAGUAAAAAUCACAAGUACACAUAUUUCCAACCCGAAGAUGAAUUUGAAUUGGACAAUGAAAGCAAGCCAUUAGACGAAUACGAAGAAAAAAGUAUCCCGGGAGGUAAGGAUUCAGUUAUAUUGUAUACAACAAGUGUAAGAGGGAUCAGGAAGACUUUUGAGGAUUGCCAGAGUAUUCGAUUUCUCCUAGAAAGCUUCGGGUUGGUGUAUUACGAGAGAGACGUAUCAAUUCAUUCGGAGUUUCGAGAUGAAUUAUGGAGGAUAAUGGGGGAGAAAUGUUUACCUCCAAGGUUGUUUAUAAGGGGAAGGUAUAUAGGAGAAGCAAAUCAAGUAUUGACAUUGAAUGAACAAGGAAGACUAAGGGCAUUAUUUAGAGAUAUACCCAUUAAUUUUAGUGAAAGACCUUGUAAUGUGUGUUGUGGGUUGAGAUUUAUCUUGUGUUACAAUUGCAAUGGGAGUAGGAAGGUGUUUCAGGUUCAUCAUCAACAACAACAACAACAACAACAACAACAACAACAAAGCAGUAUUAAUGGUGGAUUAUGGUCUAAAUGCUUGCAAUGUAAUGAAAAUGGUUUGGUUGUUUGCCCACUUUGUUGAUGUUUUUCUUAUUAUUUUUGGUUUAUUGCUCUUCUUUGCUAAUUACUUGUAUCAUUAUCAUUCUUUUAUUUAUUUAAUAAAGUUAAAUAUCAUUAUAUUA